GUCUGUAUUAUUUUAAUAACACAAUUAAUUUACCGUGAUGAUUUAUAUGUUUAUUGUUUCUGUUAUUGAUUAAAGAACCUGGCAAAGGAAAUUUUUGUAGUUGCCCGGCUUUUGAAAUAAAAUUUCCACUAUGAUCGCGUGUGUAUUAAUUUGCAUCUGAUUCAAAUCGAAGAUCAAAUAAUGUCUCUGAUCAUAUCGACAAUUCUGUAUAUCCAAGAUAUUACCGCAUUACAAGUUAAUGUAAAAAUUAAUAACAAGGGCUCCAAAUAUUGACAUAAAACUGAUAAAAUUUAACAGUAAAUCAAAAAGAUCACCCCUUAUCUCAGUAAUGGAACGAUCGAUCUUCUAUGUUGAACAGUGGCCAAGGGAUCUUUACAACUGAACUAUUUCGAUUAACUUUCUAAAGGUAACUAUAAAUAUGACGGCGGAAGACUGAAAAAAGCGUCAAGUAACCUUGGUUACGUGGAAAAAAAUGGCAACUACGGACACGGACAGUGUCCAUGAUCACAUGACCAGGCUACGGAUGAAAAUGGUCAAUCAAAAAAUUGCAAAUGAAAGAGAAAAGUUGAAUAGACCUAGCUCGACAGAAAGUGCAAAUGAUGUCGAUGAACAAUUACGUCUUCAGCAGGCUAUGUUAAGGAGACAAGAACUUCUAGACAAAAUUAGGCGUGAACAAAUAGUGAAUCACACCUCAGUAGCAGAUAACCGUCGACCGAGAUCAUAUAGUGCUAGACGGCGGUAUACUCCGUCCCCUGUACAACCUCCCCCCUCACGACGCUCACUUCCAGACUUUAACAGAAACAAUGGAGAUUAUACAUACCGAGAACGAGAUAACUACCAACAACCUUUCUAUGGUGAUAAUAACGACAUGUCACAAGUGAAACACGUAAUUAAACACACAAUUGCCACACCUCGGCAGUACCAUUUACCUCCAAUAAUGAAUGCGCCACAGCAGCCAAUAAUACAACAACAACAACCCUCACCCCUACAACACAUUAUACAACAAGUACCUGUUCCGCAAGUCACGUACCAGAACCUAGUACCAGAUAACAACCAACAGAAGUCGUCAUCAAUGUUUAACAAAGGAGAUUUUAUGGACAUGAUGAUGGUUCAACAUCAACAAGUUAACCAAUUAGUCAUGCAACAAUUGAUGAUGCAACAAUUUGGUGGUCGAAACAGACAUUCUUAUCCAUGCUACCCUUCUUAUUAUUAUGCAGAACCAGCACAGCCUGUUUUGAUGGCCCGUCCAGGAGGUGGACAAGUACAUCACCAUCAUUACUCAAUGACCCCUGCUCCUAUGGCUGCCCCAAUGCAACAACCUGUAGUCCAUCAUUACCAACCUUUACCGCCAUUAGAGGGACGAAUGAUGUCCCCAGCCAGGGCUAUAACAGAGAGAAGAAUGGCUCCUGCACAAACACGCGUUGCAGAACCAAGGGCAAGGUCAUUAUCCCCACCACCAGUGGCAGCAAAACGAUCGAAUCAAGGAAACAGACCAAGUAGUGUAUUUUUAUUUGGUAUUAUUCUGAAAGAAAUUGUGGCAGCUUUACAUAGAAUUUAUUUAAAUCCAAGUGGCAAUAUUUAUCCAGUCUUAGCUGAUAUCAUAAGCCCAAAAGCUUAUGAUUUAACAAAUUUGUUAAGAGGAAGAACAAACGAACGAGAAACUCAGGUCAUGAUUCAGGAACUGCAAUAUGUGGUGGAAAAUCUUGUAUAUCACAUGACGGAAAUUAUGCCAAGCACCGGUGUUUUAGGAACCCACAGAAAGUCUGCGGUAUAUGAACUAAUCAAAGAUGGGAAACGGUUUCCUGAUGGCUAUUUUUGGCAAGUAGAGCUGGACAGACUUCAGUUUACAGAAAAUGGCAGAACAGCAGGAGUAGGAGACCCAGAAGGUUUCCUAUUAAUUGUCGGAAUUUAUAUAUCCAGAAGUCUCAUCACAACAUUGUUAAUGAAACCAGUGGACUACGGACUUUCCUCUCAACAACUGUCAGAUAUAGCAGAAAGAAAUCUGAAAAUUCUUGCCACAACUUUGUUGUAUUUAGUUAGACGUGUCUCGGGUUCAAGAGGACGAGCAAUGAUGCCAAUGCCCUCGGAAAUAUCUAAAUACUUAUAUACUGACGAAGAAAUGCGACCUGUUUACGGUAAAAUGGCGAAAUCAUUCAAUUAUGCGGAGGGUUUACUUAGAGAGUGGGGUCAGGAAUACAUGAAAAGACUGCGGGCGGCACCAGUACCAAAAUAGUAUGACGAUUGCUUUCUAAAUGGUCAAUUUCACAAUUAGUAUAUUUUCAGGAUAGUUAUAUGUGUUGACAAUUAAGACAACUACCUAAACUAUAUACUCGACACAUGUGCCAUUUAUGGUAAAUAGACCAUCUUGUCCUUUUCCGGUCUGGUUAUUUUGUGAUUUGUUGUGAUCUCUCUAUGAACCAGCUCGAUCAAAAUUUGUUUAUUAUUGGUAACCAAGCUACUCCUGUUAUGCAUAAUUAAAUAUUUCAAUUAGUUUGAAUUCUAUAAAAAGAGUGAGCUACAUUGUAAUAAACUCCGUGCAAGACGUUUGACCAAUGAAAAAACAUUAAAAAUUGUUGGACCGGUUUCUUCUAAAUUUUUUUUAAAGAGAAAUCAAAAAUCACAAAUGGACACAAAAAGUGUUUCAUCUUUUCAUAUGCAACAUUAUAAGGAAAACAUGUCUGACAUGUACAUGAAAGAUUAAUAUAAACAUUUUCAAUAACAUUUAUAAGAAUUCACAGUUUAUUAAUUGAUUAAUAGUUUAAUUUUUUUUACUCAUCUUAAUUCCACUUUUUUCAAACUUUUCCAAGAGCACGAUAUGACCACGAUGGAGAAAUAUUCAAUCGGUUAUCAGAUAUCAAUUCUCAGAUAGUCAUAUUGGGAUUCAACAUUAAAUUUUACCAAGCAUCUCUCAAGUUAUCAUAUUAUAUUUUUGUUUUAAUCAUAGCGUAUGGUCUUCGCCUCAAUUAUUACCACUAUCGUAACUAAAUCAAGAUGACAAGAUAAAGUAGACCAAUAAUAUUUGGUACUAAAUUUAAACGGCAUAUUGUACUUUACAAUACCGGUGUGAUACAAUUGCUUUCUGUGGUUGUGGAUUUUUUGCGUCCUUUCCAUAUUUUUUGCAAUGAUUGACGCCUAUUUUAAAUAUUUGAUUACGAGCACCCCUAAUGAGAAAUAAAGAUUAUGAUGCGCAUAUGUUCAUCAACUAAGCUUUCUGUUGCUUGAUUUCGUUUUUGACAUAACAUUAUAAGAAAUACUUAUUAUGCAAUUAUAUGUUACAGUUUUGGUAUAAAUUGUCCUAAGGUUUUUCAUGUCUUUAAAAGAUUUAAAAAAAAUUCUCUUUACACGUAGAGCGUAUCUAUAAUUUCAACUCCUAUAUAGUUCAAAUCGCCCGAUGAUUAUUUGCUCAAUCCCCGUUGAUAAAUGAAGAAAUUAUUUAGAAACUAAGGUUCCGACUACCUCAGGCAAAGUUGACUGUAGAUGAAUUUGGCUAUUCUUUUUAGGUUCCGUUUGAAUAUUUAGCUUCUAAAGAAUAUAAAUUUAUAUACCUUUUUUGCAUAAAAUGUUUUAAAAUAACUUAAAAAAAAGCACUUCCCAUGAAUAGAUUACUUUAGCUGUAUUUGGCAAAUCUUUCGACAUUUGGGUCCUCGAUGCUCCUCAAUUUAUUUCUUUAUUUUGGUCUUUUUAACUUUUUUAUGCCCCCGCCGUAGUCGACGGGGCAUUAAGUGUUAGCCUUGACCGUCCGUCUUUCCGUCCGUCAGUCCUUCCCAUUUUCGUUUGUUUGAAGCUUGAUCGAGCGGGGGUAUUCGUAACCUCAUACACAUUCUUCUUUUAUUGAUGCGAGCGUUACUAAUGAGUUUUUUGUAGACGAAACACGCGUCUGGUGUAUAAAAUUAUUAGUUAAAAUAUUAUCGAAUUUUAUAUCGCAUGGGUAAUUGAUAAAUUUUCAAAUUCACAAUAAUCUUUAGUUGAAUAAAGACUCAGGUUGUGAUAAAUUAUAUAAUUUGUCCUGUUAUAUAUAGCCUUCUUUCUUUAUAUCAAUUGACACAAUGAUAGGAAGCUAGUCACUGUAAUGUAUCAAACCAAUAUACUAUACACAUGCGUUAUACGUCUACAAGAUAGAAAGCAAUCAGUGCGGUGUAUUUUUCACAGUUAAGGUGUAUGUACUUUGACACAACUUCUAUAAAUAUUACUUAGUUUUCUGUCUUUCAGCCAGUUUGUUUAUCGAAAUUGUUAUACUACUGUCAUGUUCAUACAUUAUUUCAUUUUAUGCUAUCUAACAUUUAACUCGAAGUGACCCGUGGUUGUCUUAAUGUAUGUUAUGGUCCUGUAUUUUGCAGCGACAAUGUCGGUCGCUUUGUCACAGACUCAUUCGGUUAGUUAGUUUAUCAAAAAUGUUAUGCAGACAACCCAUAUUACUUUUCCUAUUUAUACAUUUUUCCUGCCAAGCUAUGUAACAUUUGACUCGGUGUGUUCUAUGGUUGUUUAAACGUUUGCAUUGUUUCUGUAAUUGCAGUUAUUCCUUUAUAGUUUUUGUAAGUUUUCAUGCGGAUAUAGUUUUCUACAAAACAAAUUUAUGCGUUAGAAGAUAAAUCCUUGAUAAUCGUGCAUUACAUACUCCAUAUAAGGUUAUCCCAAAGUGGAAGGUGAGAUAUCAUACGCAUGAAUAUCUUUGACGUUCAAAAGACAUAAGUUUGUAGAUAACCUGUAGUAAUGUAAGUUACGUUAGCUUUAGAUUCAUACUUUAGGUCUCAAAUGUAUGGUAUUUGAGGAAAACUGUAAAAAUAACAUAGCAUUGACAUCACAGAUAAUUGUUUUACACUCAAGAAGAAUUUAUCAAAAUAAUCAUUCAACACUCUUCAGUUAACAUAACUUUUCCAGGAGCUAGUCGUUUUACUUUUAUUAUUUCUGUCGCCGAAUAAUGGUCAUUACCUUCUCCUUUGUACAGACAGAAAUGUAGGUCAGCUUGAUGAUGAUUAAAAGUUUGAGCAUUUGUAAAUUAACUUGUCUGCAUGGCUGAUCUACUGUAGCAUACAAUCAGUAUGAUAUAAACUACAAGCAAUAAGACUGAAUUCAACUUAUAUAGAUGAAAUACGAAAAAGUUUAAAAAUUAGCCUACCCAUAGAUUUUAGGCCUCCGGGAGAACAGCAUUAAAUAUAAGAUUUUUUAUUUUAUUUUCCAAACCAACAACAAUGUAAAGGAAAUAUAGUAAUUUAACACUCAUAAUUAGAGUGUACCAUUUAAUUAUUAACUGCUGUCUUCCUGUUGGUUGGACUGUGUUAACGUUCUCACUUUCUUCACAAUAUGAUUCCUUAAAGUACUGUCAAAUUUUAUGUAAAUAGAUAAGUUGCAUGCAUUUUUACAGCUUUUAUGAGCUCUAAUGAUUGAAAGAAAUGAUUGAAUGAAGCUUGAAUUGUAUUUUUGUAAAUCUAAAAUGACAUGGGCUCACAAAGACAUUAGGAUUUUGCAUGUGCAAAGUCAGGAACUGUUCGUUUUCUAUGAUUUUGUUUACACACAAUGUAUUGUACUUUUGACUUUAAAUAGGUUAAUGGCUUAACAGAAUCGUCUAUUAUGUUAAAUUACUAUUGGAAUUUAUAUGGCAUGAAUAAUUGAUAGUUUUUUUCCAAUUCACAAUAUGCUUUAGUUGAAUAAAGACUCAGGUUUUUGUGAUAUAUUAUAUAAUUUGUCCUGUUAUAUUUAGCCUUCUUUCGUUAUAUAAAUUGACACCAUGAUAGGAAGCUAGUCACAGUAAUGUAUAAAAUCAGUAUACCAUAUAUAAUGAAAACGAUAAAUAAAUAAAUAAAGUUUUGUUGAUUAAUAAAGGUAGAUAAGCAUUGUAACAUAAUAUAUUGGUAUUGUAAUGUACAUAUUUGAUCGACCUCUAUACAAAAAAAAAUUGUAUUCACCCAAUGUAUCAUAUAUGUCCUAAAUAUCGACUUUCAAAUUUGUUUUAUUUGAGGUCUUGUUAUACUGAAGGACAAAUGUACACUUAUUCACUUACAAUUGUAUUCUGGGAUUUAAGUUAUGACCAAACAAUCAAUUGAAAAAUGUGAUAAGUAAAUUUGUACUCGCAAUGAACCAGUUACAAUAUAUUUAAUGAAUUUGGUGAGUCCAACGCGCCUUUCUGGAAUUAUAUUUAUCAGGAAUGCUCAAAUCCAAACAUUUAAAAGCCAAUGCUGUAUGAAUUGUUGAAUACUCGAGAAGCUUUAUGAUCAAAGGAAUAGACAAAUCCACCUCAGAUCAAGUAUGCCUGAGGUGUUUGAAAUCUUUAUUUCUGAAUAAUUUCGGGAAAAAAAAUAUGUUAAUGUUUACACAGAGACUAAGUGUCAUACAGUUUUUGUUAACGGAUCAAUAGAAUAGCGUCAUGAAAGUCAUGUGUGGGAGUCUUUAUUUGAAAGACCAUUUCAGAAUCAGAAACGACAAAAAAGAAAUCACACACAACAUAUGCAAGAACGUAUGAUAAAUAAAUUUGUUUGGCAUGCUACAUGCGUUUCUGUAUUAAAAUUCUUUUGAUGCCAUUGAGGCCAAGAACAGGCCAUCGAGAUUAAUCUAACGCAAAUAACCGAGACACCUUAAAAGAGCAAACACUGACUAAAAUACGAGGAAUUCAUAUCUGGUUUUGUCAAAUUUGACUGGGAAAUAUUUCAUCGGCAUAGCCUAAGUGGGUGUUUGUCAGACGAUUAAGUGUCAUUAGAAUUACAUAAAAAAAGGUGACAAAUGAAAGUGUAUAGCUGUAAACAUACGAAAUUUCAUAAUAUUGAAGAUUACAAUGAUUCAAAAGUAACAAGUUUGCAGAAGAUGUACAGAAAGAAUACUUUGAGAAAACAUGUCCAUUUAAAAAUUAUUUCUACCGUAUAACUUAAUACAAGAAAAACGUUUUUAGAUUCUUGUAACUAAACUUUAACGUACGCAACAUUUGGCGAUACUUUGAAAUUUGAUUAACUGCACGAUGAAAAUUAACUAGAUGUUUUAUUGUAUCAAGACUAGCAUAGUUACAUAAAUUGUAUAUGGAAAAGAAAACAUACUGUAUUUUAUAAUUUUUAAGAUACAACAAUUGUAUCUAGGUUAAACCUUUAAGAGGUAAACGUCCUUAACUAGUUUUCCAUUUUUGUAUAUAUAAUAUUUGUUAUCUAAUGUGUCUGUAUUUGACCAUUAUAUAGUGAUAGUCUGACUCUCUAAAACUUAUAUAUAUAUGACUGUUAUUAUCACAAAUCAAAACUAUUCAUUCACUAUUUAUUUCAUAAUAAUAAAUUAUUUAUUUGUUA